GUUGCACCAGCCGGUAAGACCCCGGGCAGAUCGCCGUUCUAAACGCGCUGGAAUCCGCCUCAAGGCUGCUGUUGGCCGCAUCCUUCCCUACCUGGAGCAGCAGCCUUCUUCGGUUGACCUGGACGCCAUUGUAGUUGAAUGGAUUGAAGCACAAUGGGUCGCUGGUGAAGCCCUGACAUAUAUCGCUGACUGUUUGUCAGGUUUGCACUUCUUCUGGCCCGAGUUGAGAGGCUUGCUUCGCCAAGCUUGGCGCAUGUUCAAACAAUGGAGACGUAUUGAAACCCCCACGCGAGCACCUCCCAUGACGGCGGUGCUGGCUCGUGCCUUUGUGGCCAGAGCCGUAGCGACUGGGAACUUGCGUUUCGCUGCCUUGAUCGCCAUUGGUUUUCACAGCUUGCUCCGUACCGGAGAACUAUUAGCCCUCUCCUUCAAGGAUUUGGAGAUAUCUUCCUCCUGUGGAGUGGUUUCCUUAGAUCGCAGUAAAACAGGUUGGCGGACUGGCUCCAAGGAAGCGAUUGCGCUGCGGGAUCGGUUGACCCUACAGUUGCUGGAUGUGCUAUUGUCCGCGCAAUCACCUCCGGGUGAAAAGGUGGGUGUUCCACUUGAAAGCAUAUUGGUGAGAGGCCGCUGGCGUAGCCUUGCGGUCGCACGCCUUUAUUUGGAGGAUGGCUUGGCGCAGUUGCCUUCAUUGCGCUUGGAAGCUAGUGCCUUGCAAAUG